AUGGGCUCCGGAGCCUCGAAAAGCUCGGAGGAGCGGGCCGAGGAACGCCGUGUAGUCAUCAAGUACUUCCAGCAUGUGGCGCGUGAGCCGAUCAAGGAUGGCUCGCAAGCGGACAUCUUCAACUUGGGGUCAGGCCUCCGCUGGGCGUCCAAGGCUCUGGAUCAAGCCAGGCUUCAGUUGGACAAGUUGAAGGAGGACGACGCGGGGCUCAGUGAGUGGCUGGAGGCCGCGCUGGAUGCAGGUGGGCUUGGCUGCAGCGUACUCAUGGGAGAUCCUUUGACUUUGGUUGUUCAACUGGUCAAGAUUGCUGCCAAGUACUGCAAUCCCAACAGCUUGACAGAUGCCAUGAAGAAGUGCAUGUAA